AUGAUGGCCGUUGUUGUACGGCUGUCCCGUGUGAAGCGUGCUCUUUUAGUAAACUCUGUCUUUCUUUCUCUUACUCUCUGUCUCUAUCUAUUUUCUCUCUUUCUCUCUCUUUCUCUUUCUUUCACUCUCUUUUCUUUAUUUUUCUCUCUCAUUUCACUCUUUUUGUCUCUUUUCUCGCUUUUCUUUCUCUCUUUUCCGUCUCUUUUCUCUUUUUAUAUUUUCCUAUCUUUCACUCUUUUAUCUCUCUCUCUCUCUUUUCAUUCUCUUUCUCUUACCAAUAUCUAUCUCUCUAUCUGUCUCUCUUUUACACUCUCCCUUCCUAUAGGCGGCGCGAUUUUCCAACAGCUCGCUUUUCGACACCGACUAUCAGUAAAUAUCGUCAAGCUAAAACCUUUUUUUUUUUAUAUCUUUUUGUUGACAUUUUCUCUUUUGCGCCGAAUUUAUUUUAUUCUUUUCUUUUGCUUUAAUUCUUUUUUUUCCGUUAUUUUUUCUUUCCAUUUUUUCUCUCCUUUUUUCAUUUCUUUCUUUUUCUUCCUUUUCUUUUUUCUUUUUAAUUUGUUUUUUUUUGCCUUCAUUUCUUUCUUUGUUUCCGUUUUAGAAGAGGGAAUAUUCAUUAGGCAUACGAAAGAAAGAAAAAGAAGUAAAAAAUUCUCUCCUCUGUCUGUCUGUCUUUCUUUCUUUCUUUCUUUCUUUCUUUCUUUCUUUUUUUGGUACAAGAGGGAAUAUUCAUUAGGCAUACGAAAGAAAGAAAAAGAAGAAAGGGAAUAUUCAUUAGAGAUACGAACGAAAGAAAAAGAAGUAAAAAAAUAUCUAUUCUUUCUUUCUUUCUUUCUUUCUUUCCUUCUUUACAAGAGGGAAUAUUCAUUAGGGAUACGAAAGAAAAAAAGAAGUAAAAAAUAUCUCUUCUUUCUUUCUUCCUUUCUUUCUUUCUUUCCUUCUUUCCAAGAGGGAAUAUUCAUUAGGCAUACGAAAGAAAGAAAAAGAAGUAAAAAAUUCUCUCCUCUGUCUUUCUUUCUUUCUUUCUUUCUUUCUUUCCAAGAGGGAAUAUUCAUUAGAGAUACGAGAGAAAGAAAAAGAAGUAAAAAAAUAUCUAUUCUUUCUUUCUUUCUUUCUUUCUUUCCUUCUUUACAAGAGGGAAUAUUCAUUAGGGAUACGAAAGAAAGAAAAAGAAGUAAAAAAAUAUCUAUUCUUUCUUUCUUUCUUUCUUUCUUUCAUUCUUUCCAAGAGGGAAUAUUCAUUAGGCAUACGAAAGAAAGAAAAAGAAUACAAAAGGAAAUAUUCAUUAGGCAUACGAAAGAAAGAAAAAGAAGAAGUGAAAAAAUCUCUCCUCUUUCUUUCUUUCAGUACAAGAGGGAAUAUUCAUUAGAAAUACGAAAGGAAGAAAAAGAAGAAAAAAUUUCUCGCCUUUUUCUUUCUUUCAGUAGAAGAAAGAUGCUGGAGGUUGAUAGCGUCCUUCACUGGAUUGUUAAUUUCUUUCUUUCUUUCUUUCUUUCUUUCUUUUUUCUUUCAAACUUGUUCAUUUCUCUUUCCUUUCUUUCUUUCUUUUUUCCAAGCUUAUGCAUUUCUCUAAAAUUUCUUUCUUUCUCUCCAGAUUGUUCGUUUCUCUUGUCUUUCUUUGUUUCUUUGUUUCUUUCUUUGUUUCUUUGUUUCUUUCUUUCUUUCCAGAUUGUUCGUUUUUCUUUCUUUCUUUCUUUUGUUUUUCUUCCUUCUUUCUUUUCUUUUCUUUCUUUCUUUCUUUCUUUACAAGAGGGAAUAUUCAUUAGAAAUACGAAAGAAAGAAAAAGAAGAAAAAUUCUCGCCUUUCUCUUUCUUUCCUUCUUUAUGCUUGUUCAUAUCUCUUUCCUUUCUUUCUUUCUUUUUGCCAAGCUUGUUCAUUUCUCUAGAAUUUCUUUCUUUCUUUGUUUCUUUUUUCUUGUUCCUUUCUCAUCUUUCUUUCUUUCCUUCCUUUUCUUUUUCUUUUCUUUCUUUCUUUCUUUACAAGAAGGAAUAUUGAUUAGAAAUACGAAAGAAAGUAAAAGAAGAAAAAAAAUUCUCGCCUUUCUCUUUCUUUCUUUAUGUAAAUCUUGUUCAUAUUUUUUCUUUCUUUCUUUCUUUCUUUCUUUCUUUCUUUCUUUCUUUAAAGCUUGUUCAUAUCUCUUUUCUUUCUGUCUUUCUUUCUUUCUUUCUUUUAAGGCUUGUUCAUAUCUCUUUCCUUUCUUUCUUUCUUUUUGCCAAGCUUAUUGUACGUUUCUCUUUUGUUUGUUUGUUUGUUUGUUUGUUUGUUUGUUUCUUUCUUUCUUUCUUUCUUUCUUUCAAGCUUGUUCAUUUAUCCUGUUUUUCUUUCUUUCUUUCACAAUCCCAACUGCUAAUAGUAAAGUAUGCAAUGACGUUGCAAAUAUGGCGGAGGAAGGUGUAAAAUUCAUUUUCUCACGAUUUUUUUUUCUUUCUUUCUUCUUAACUCAUCAUUUGUAA